AUGCUGGGAAAAAAUAUUGAAAGUGAUUGGCUUGGUUAUUGGGGAAAAGAUCAUUCUAUGGCAUUAAAUACAUUUUCGAAGAUGUCUAUUGAAAAAGAAGGGGUUUUAAAUCAAAAAGAUUUUUUUAUGCCGUUUGAUGGUCUUGCAGAGGAGUUAAUGGAACAUAAUACGGAGAUACCGGAAGUUCUAGGGCAAGAUAUGCUAAAUGAUCGAAUAAAUAGUGUUAAAGAGUCUCAAGAAAUUACAUAUGAGGAGCCUCAAUCGUCAUUUUAUAGAUUGAUGCCGGGGUUGAAUAUAGAUUUAUCAGUACCGACGUUUCCAGUCUCUAGUGAGCUACCUGUACGAUUAUCGUCACCUAUUCAAUUAAAUUUAUCAACAUCGAUGCCAAAUCCAACAAUUGAACAGCUUCAUUCGAAAAAAAAGAAUUACGUUUCGCAAAAUACGGUGAACAUGGUAGGUUCUCUAUCAGGAUCACCGCCGACUGAUUGUUAUUCUCAUGGAGAAAAUUCGAAUGCGCGCAGAUCACUUACGACAAGAGCGUUGUCAUUAAGUCCAGUUUCUUCAGAUACAGCAGCAAAGAAAAAGUCGCCAUCAAGAUCGGGAAGUUCUAGCUCUGGUAUUAAGCGUCCUUUGAAUUCAUUUAUGCUUUAUCGACGAGAUAAGCAAAGUAGUAUUCCUACAAAUAACCACCAAUCCAUAUCUAGGAUUAUUGGCGAAAUGUGGAAGCGAGAGACAAUUGAAGAAAAGGAAAGAUAUGCAGAAAUGGCUCAAAGAGAGCGAGAAAGACAUGCAAAAGAAUAUCCUGAUUAUAAGUUCCUGCCAAGGAAGAAAAAAGACAAGAAUACGAGUGGGAAAUCCCCACGUAGGCGAAAGACGUUUGAUCCGGCUCUUGAGCAAGACGAAUCUAAUAUUUUACGAAUGAUGCUAAAUCAAAUUUCGCAUAAAAAGUCCCAAUCCGAGGCAGAGAAAUUUAAAUUAGAUCAAUAUUCGUGGUUAUUAAGUGACGAAGAUAAUCAUGAGUUACAAAAAAGAACAUUUGACAUAGCAUGUCAAACAAAUACAAAUACGAAUCAUUCUCAAACAGGUUUAGUACAUGCAAGUCAGCAUUCGGAGAUAUCGUUUAUGCCUAAUAUCUAUACAACCCCGAAUUCUGUACCUUUACCUAUUUUUCCUAUUAAAAAUAAAAUCGAAAAAAUUGAUACAAAUAAUUCACUGGAUGGGUAUCUUCAUACAUUUGAUAAUCUUGGUGAUUAUGAAUUUCGUUCACUUAUGAAUAAUUAUAGUACUCCUUCCGUUAAUGAUUCUCGAUUAAGCACAUCAUUUAACAAAAGUUGUACUGAAUCUCCUCAAAGUAUCACUAUAUACGAUGAUAUAAAAAAUCUGGACAUUUUUUCAGAAAAAAAAGAAACUCCCAAUGUUUCCUUGAUUCCCACUUAUGAUUCGGCUAUAUUUCAAGAUGAUACUGGACAUGGAUAUGAUAAUUUUGUUGGUAUAUGGGAUGAUGCAGUAGAAUUUUCCUCUUUUUCUUUUCUUCCUUUUGAUAAUCAUAGAGUUUUAGGUCAUUCGUCCUUUGAACUCCUUAAUUCCGGUUUAGUCAGUCCUUUAAAUACCUCUAAAUUGGGUGAUAAGUGUAGGAAAUAUUAG